UAAAGUCCGUCCGAUCAUUCAUAACAUAACACUUCGGCCCUUGCAUUCCGCACGUACGCGUACGCGGUUGCAACGUGCAGCAGAAGAAAGGAAUUCCCUCCACUAGUGCCUUUUCUUUAUCUUGUGUGGUGUGGCUGUGUGCGCUCUCGUUCGCUCGUAAUAUAAUUCAAAUCGGUUCGAUAAAAAGUGACGUCUAAAAAUAACCCCGUUCGAAAAAAUCGGCGAAAUACGUCAAGGAAAAAAUCUAUGUUACUGCUGCUGCUGGUGUACCGCUCUGCCGCUGAUGCCACUCACUAAGCACCCCAGGCUACGGUUGGCUGGUAGUGACUUUAUUUGUGCUGUUCAUGGCCGUGAGCGAUGAUAAAAAUUGCCCGAAUUCUCACGCGCCCAUGUCAGCCGAAACGGCCACCAGAAGAGUGGAGAGAGCGGAAAACAUCACAUCAGUCGAGCCGCAGCGCAGCAAACAUGUGCGAUUUUUGCACCGUGUUAAUCUAGACAAUAUUCGAAUAGUGUGAAGUGUAGUUCCUAAUUGUUGACACCUGAGUGACGCAAUAGUUUGUGGCUCUAGCUGGACACUUGCUUGUUACGAUAGUACCGACGAACGGGUGCACACGUACUCUUGUCUGUGGUGUCAGCCAAGGCUAGCGCGAUAUAAAGUGUUAAAUGUGGUCCGCUGCUAUAGCUUCCAGCGGUGACGUCAACGUGAAGUUUAUUGUUUGCCUACGCGGCUGAGUCAGAGCCGAACCAUCGGACAGUUUAAUGACCCAAACUGAACCAUCGCAGCGUCUAAUAUGCCUGUGAUAUCAGCAUAUUCGACCAGUGGUAGCAGUUACAUCUCUCCGUCGUACCGCUACAGAUCGAGUUUUAGCGAUCGAAAGAGUUACACUACCAGUAGCAGCACUAGCAGCAGCAGCAUCUAUCGGAGAAGUUCGUACCGCUAUGACCUGCCGCCUACAUCAUCCGCCUACUCAUCCUAUCGGUCGGACCGUACAACAGACGCUGAACUAUCGGCCUCACUUUCAACGCUCGACACCAAAGAUACUGCAGUAGAAUCGAGCACCGCACCUGUCACUACAGCAACCGCAGCCACAGUUAACAGUAGACCCAGCCGUUACUCGACGACCUACAGCUACAGUUCACUUAGUUCAGCCCCCGGCCGAGACUACAGUACACGCUACAGUUCGCGCUCGUCCGAUACGCGUUUCAAGGAUCGGGACAACAAUUGCCUCUGUACCGGUGGUGCAGGAUCAUCCUCAAACUACAUCUCAAACCUUCGCAGCACUGCCCUGAGUGGUGCCGAACUUUAUCAGAAAUACAGUGUCUCGACCUACAAACCAAGCAGUCUAGAAUCUCGUAUCAGCGCUCGAACAACGGCCGACUCAGUCCACAAAUCACCGACCAGCAUCGUGAACAGUACGAGCCUCAAGGCAGCCUCGCCAACAGCAGUGGACAUAAGCAAGGUAAACAGCAUUCCCGCUAAAGAUAAAAAUAGUAACAUCAACGUUGCCGCCGUUAUCAGCAAUAAAAAUAAUCCUACUAACACUAGUAACAGCCUCACUGGUGUUGCCAAUAACCCGCUACCAGGCACUAACUGCAAACUUACGACAGCUAGAAACACCGGCACUAAACCGGAAAACCUAGCACGCUUUCACAAUAGCCAUCCCGAGACGCCAGCCGGUGUAACUGGCACAACUGUUGUCACUACCACAACCACCACAAUUACUACCACUACCUCUUCCACAUCCGUAUUACUGUCAUCAUCGUCAUCAUCUUCGGUGCUGUACGAAACGGCUGCCGUCGGUGUCAAUCUUGAUGCGACGCGAUCACGCAAACCUGGUUCUGUACCUGCAGUGCUGAAAAACACGCUGAACAAGCUCAGACCAUCCGGUGGCAAGCCUCCGGUACCAAAAAGUGCAUCCACCAGCAGUAGCUCCAGCGAUCUGUCCGCUGCGCCUUCCGGUGGACGCAAGGAGCUGCUUGGUCUGUCCAGCUAUCGAAAUCAAAAUUUUCUCAAGCACGAGUGCGAUCUGGUCAAACGCGAACUGAGCAAAAGUGCCACAGAAAUUGCUUUCAAAAAAGGCUCUAGCCAGCCCCCGAACAAACCGGUCGUCGUUGGAUCUGCAGCAAGCCUGCUGAGCAGUGCAGUCGAUUCCAAAGAUCGAUCCUUUUCCAUCCUUUCAAAACUGGACGUUUCCAAAGUGAGGCAGCUCUUGCCACCCGUUUCCAGCUCCAGUGUAGUCUCGAAAACCGAUCAGCCCAAAGAUCAUGAGGAUGAUGACAUGAAACAUCACCAACACAGCAACCAGAUUGCAACUACCACCACCACCAUCACUACUACAAGCAACAACAGAUCACAACCAUCUAGUGCAAAGCCGCCCUUUACCACUUUUACUAGUAUCUCUGGCGUGGAACUAAAACCCAUCGAUCGACCGGCAGUGUCGACCAUUCUGCAGAGUACUCAAAGAAAUGAUACUUCUCUUUUCAAAUCAUCUCCAUUAUCGUCGAAUACCUGUACCAACAACACCACCUCCACAACUACAACACGGACUACGACUAUCACUACAACUGCAACUACAGAGUCGCUAACAAGUGCUUGUAUGCCAUCAUCAUCGUCCACAGUACGCACUACAGCUUGUACUUAUCCUACCACUUCUCGUUCCGCCACCGACGCCGCCAUGAAAUCGCUGCACAUCACUACCGAACUGGAGGAAUCCAUUACACAGGCCACCAUCAAGCUGCGUCCGACCGUGAACGGAGCGAGCAAUGGAGCCGCCGGAGGCCAUCGGCUCAUAGCGACCGUGUCCUCCACCACGGACGACAUGACCGACAACGAUUACCAUCACGUAACCGCUACGAUACGAAUCAAACCAAAGUCUAGCAUAAGUCAUCAUAGCACAAGUAGUAGUAGCAAUAGCAGCACCAACGGUAGUACCGCCAGCAUAAACAACAUCAAUAAUAAUAACAACAACACCAAUGCAAACAAUGGCAACAGCCAGGGUAGUAGCAGCGAUGAUGAGCACGAAUUCCCCAACGGGAACGUAAGUAACCACAAUAAUAGCAAAAACAACAAUGGCGUCGAGGGUGCCGGGAACGAAGACACAAGUGACGACGAUGUCAACGAGGCUGCAGUUGGUACCAAUUCGGUUGAAAAAGAAUCCAAAGUUAACGAUGAUGAUAGAAAAGUUUCUUACCUGCGUUCCGGUACGGCGUCCAAGAGCAUCCAUUCGACAAGUCCAGUCGGUUAUCGCAGUCGCGACUAUGAUUCCGGCCUUGGCAGUUACCGGUCCGGGCUGGGCAACUCCAGUUCAGUAUCAGCCUCAGUACAAAAGCCCAGCUAUAACGAUCGAACUAACGGCGAUGAUUCAAUAAGUGGAGGAAGUCGAAAGGAGGGACUCUGUGGUCUGUGGAAUAUAGGUAACACCUGCUUUAUGAACUCUGUGAUACAGUGCCUAAGUCAUACCCGAGAGCUCACCAAUUUUCUCCGAAUGCAACCAACAUCGGAGCGUGGUACGACGAAAGAUCAUAAAAUUCUUGCCGAAUACACCAAACUAAUCAAGGACAUGUGGAAUGGAAUAAAUCGCAGCGUCAAUCCAUCGGAGCUAAAAUAUGCCUUCUCCAGCAAACAUCGGAUGUACUCUGGAUCGGCCCAGCAGGAUGCACAGGAAUUUUUGCGGUUCUUCAUCGAUUCGCUGCACAGCGCCCUGAACGUCUCGAUCAAACGGGAACCUAUCUCUAGGGAAAUCGAAGAUGAUGACUUGAACAAUCGCGUCAAGGCCACCAUGAUGUGGGAAUGGUAUUCCAAGGUGGAGAACUCCAUGAUAAAAGAUCUGUUUGUGGGACUUCUUCGCAGCACCUUGAAGUGCACGGUGUGCAACAGUGCCAGUGUUACGUUCGAUCCAUUCUGGGAUCUAAGUUUACCUCUUCCAUCUACAAACUCCCGGUGCAAGUUGGAGAACUGCCUUGACAUGUUUGUCAAAGAGGAAGUCAUGGACGGCAUAGACCAACCUACAUGUUCCAAGUGCAAAACCCGGCGAAAGUGUACGAAAAGCUUCACCAUUGAACGGUUCCCCAAAUAUCUCGUGAUACAUUUGAAACGCUUCUCGGAAACCCGGUGGAGCAAGCUAACCAACGUGAUUGAGUUUCCAACCGGCGAACGGGAGCUCAAUCUGCAGCCUUACGCUUCCGAAGACAAUACAGCGCCGGUGUACUACUCACUAUAUGGUAUUUCCAACCAUAUGGGAUCCACUGCUGGCGGCCACUACGUUGCCGUCUGCAAGCACCCGGUCAGCAAAGAGUGGCACGAGUUCAACGAUAAUUUUGUGAGCGAAACGUCCGAGGGGAGUUUAGUAACAUCCAGUGCCUACGUAUUAUUCUACGAGCGAGCAUAACUAGUUUAAACGAGAAAAAGUUUGAAAGAAAGGGGGACAUCGUACGCAAAAGCCGAAGGAGAGCGCGUUAGAAAUCAGAGGCCUAACACACUAUUUUUGGGGUUAGUUUCCUAAAACAUUCGCUGCGGAAAGAUUGUUUCGAUAGCAACGGAGAGAUGUUGCAUACCUUCGUCAUUCUUUCGUCCGCCCAAGACGGACUUUAAUGUAGCAAAUUUCCGAUUUGUCGAGGCAUGUGUAAUUUUCGAGGACAUGAAUUCUUCAGUCAUGCUUCGUGCUUUUGUAAUUCAAAACAUCAUUUGACAAUCCUCAUACAAGGACGACAUUUACAGAUGUCUCCAAAUCAUUGCUUCAUGUUAAUUUAUGCAUGGUUGUUCUGAUAUAAUGCCUCACGAAAAAGUUCACGUUUUAUGAAAUUUAUACUAAAAACCCUCGUAAAGGUGAAACAAAGUUAACUAUAGAACGUCGUCAUCCGAAAAGAAAACCACUUCAGCAUUGUGACGAAAAACCCUAACUCAAUUUUAAUACACAAAUUGUAGCAAUCCGAGCGAAUCCUUCAAAAACGUAACCAAACAAAUGAAAGUACCGUUUAAAGUUGCACCAAACUACUGAGUUUAUUCAGCUUUUUACGCGCCAUUAAGGCGAACGCUAUAUUGCAAACAUCGUGAUAAAAACCCUUCUGACAAGUCUGUUUACGUCAAUUUGAAGUCAUCAUACAUGAUUUUAUCAAAAGAAAAAUAUAUCUGGCAGCACUGAUGUUGUCAAUUCUUAAUAAAUACCAAAACUAACGUAUCUCAAUACGAGAUGUUAGCAUAAUAAGAAUAUGCACUAUAGCGACCGCCAAUGCACCAUAUUGAAGCUUGAUAGCUUUUCAGUGCACUUUUUAUUUGUGGUAGUGACUUGAGAAAUCCUGCGAAAUUCAGUUAUUCGAACACUGAUUGUGAGGCACAUACCGGUUCCUAAGCUCCAGUUCGCAAGUUCCAGUUCCAUUACAAACAUUUGUCAAUUUCAAUUGGUGAUAUGAAGAAAAACCGACGCAGCAAUGAACGAGCCCAAUGCGAUUGGAAAUCCGCUCUCUGCACCAGGGCAUAAAUACUAGAAAAAAAAAGACUACCCCUCAAUAUAAAGCCGAAGAUUGAACCGAUAGUCGAACAAAGAAAGAAUGUUUAGCAUGUAAUUACAGUUAAACGAAAAAAAAAAACAAUUAUAACAAAAUCAAACAAAAGUACACCAACUAAUAGUUGAAGUCAAUAGAAGCAGACUUGAUGUUGGUACAAGAUAAACACAAGUAGGAGGGUUACAGUUUGUUGUUGUGGUUACUAUCGGAAUUCCAGUCCAUCGACUAACCUUGUAAGGGGUGUAUCAAUUGAGUUUACGAACCACUGUCUCUACUUGCGUUUAUUUUACCACACAUCGAUCAGUCGAACAGAUUAGAAUUCUAAUAUUUAUUUUACUAUUUAUUGUAGAAGAUGAAGAAUACAGACUUUAACAAACACACAGAAGUAAUAUUUAUACGUAGAUGUAACGUGUUGAGAUGAUAACCAAAAAAAACAUUAGUUGUUGACCGUAUUUUGUUUUUAAUACUGCAGACUUCCGGAGUACUAGGAGCCGAUUGUUAUUAAUUUUAUUUUCUAUUGAUAAAAACAACAAAACUAACUUUUCUAGCCACAGAAUCUCAAGAGAUUAUGAAUCUAACAACAAUCUGAAAUCUAUUACUGUAAAAAAAUACUUGAUCGGGUUUAGUAACCCGCUGGUGACAGAAAAAGGCAAACAUUCGACGAAAAAACACUUUUAGAAGACAAAAUAAAUUUUAGAAUAAAGAAGAAAAAAUUAUCCAAAUCUCCGAGACAACGGUCGAUGUGCCUCCCGUUCAUCGAUCACCCAAUUAAUCAUGGUUGCGUUGUGUUAAAAUUAAACAAUUAAGAGAGACAGAAACAUC